AUGCUGGAGCCUUCAUCAGCCGAGCGGCGUGCUGAACGGACACAGGAAGAUGGUCUCAGUAAGAGGGGAACUGACGGUUGCCUAUAAUUUAAUGUUCAGUAUCUUGGACUCCUUCUCCAUGGGUAUGACAGUUGAGUUAGCUCAGAACUGCCUCUCUCUCUUUCUACCCCUUUGUCUGUCUGUCUCUCUCUCUCUCUCUCACACUCUUUUGUUCUUUCUGACAGUGGGUUAGGCAGGGUCUAGUGAGCGGAGCGCUUGGUUAGCCCUUGGGGUUGUCCCCUCUUCCGCUGCAGCAGUCAGCUGCCUGCUAAUGCAGAUAGAUCGUGCUGCCCCCUUUAACACAGCGCGUGGGAGCGUGGAUGUGAGGGAACGAGGCAGAGAAAGAGAGGGAGAAGAUAACUUGAGCAGGCGAGCACUGCUGCACCAAUGGAGUCCCUGUUUGGAGUUCCCCAUCUUCUCAACACUGUUUGUUUCUUCUUUUUUACCUGUGGUGAAGGUAAAAUAUUUUUGUGUCGUUAACCAUUUUUAUCUCUCUUUCACUUUUGUCUCUUCAUCUCGAUCUGGAUAUUGCUUCCCAGGGGUGGCACCUGCAAAGAAGAGCCCAAGGCUGGUGAGUACCGAUAUGAUCUAUAUCUCCCCCAUCCUACCAUCCAUCCCUCUCUCUCCACUCUCCUGUGUGGAGUGCUAAUUUUGAUUGGUGUGGAGCAUCACAGAGCGGUGAGGGAUUUUCUCUGUCAGGACUCUCGCUGUGUUUUGGUCCUGAUGAGAGCUUUGAUGCCCCGUGCGCUGGGUCGGAAUAAUGUGCCGACUGAUCAUGUUAUGCUAGGUGGGUGAUAAUGUUGUGUUGGGUGAAAGUAUUUUUGCUGCUUGAUAAUGUUGAUCCAUUGGUAGGCAGAGCAAGGCUGCUCCUGGAUUUUUUUUCAUUCUCUAUGCCAUGCUCUUGUGUUCUCUUGGCUUAAUGAAUUCUAGGGAAAUAGACUAGUGCAUUAGGCCAGCCUUGAGGAAAAUAUAAAGCAGGGUGAUUCUAGUAGACAUUUUAGACCUGCCGAAUUGACACGAAUUAAAUACAAAUAUUGUGUUAUUAUUCUGAUGACUAGUUUAACCUUUGGUCUACCCUGAUUGGAGAAACGUUCCAAGCUUGUGGUCCAAGUGUAGGGUUGAUGUUUGAGAAUGGCCCAGCUCUUCUUCGUAUUUCUGUGCCCCAUGUAGAGUAUGGAGAAGUCAUGUGAUGGCUAGAGACUGGACCACUGUCAGUCUAUGUUACCCUCUCCCUGUAUCUCUUGGGGGGAAGCUGCAUGUGUGCUCUCUCUGUGUUGUAUGGUGGAGGAAUGUGUGCUGCAUGCUGUGUUUUCCCCUCCUAGAUGUAUUCUCCCUUCAGUGAAACACCCUCCUCACUGCUAUGUGCUCUGAAUGUCUCCUCAUGCAUCGGGCAAUAGGGCUUGCCAUUAAUGUAUUCAGCUCUGUGUUGAACAAAAGGAAUAAACUAUGUACUUUUGUCAGCCGAGCUCUGUUUGUGUGACUUUAUUUCUCUAUGUGAAACUACAGUGAAUUUUUCACUUUCUCAAAAAUACAUCUCAUGAACAAAUCUGCUUGAUUAUGCUUUGGGUAUUGUUAGAGAAUGUGUUUCUGGUUGACAUCACUGGCCUUGAUUAAAGAUGUGGUAUUUUGUCUCACUUCAUAAUAUGUUGUUAAUGAUUUCCCUUUCUCUUCACCACUCUAUCCUACUCCUUCUAUCCCUCUCCUUCUUACUUGAUAUCUCUCUUUCUGACCAUCCAUCUUUUCCUUCUCUACCUUUCUCUCCCAAUCUCCCUCCUUCUCCCCAUCUCCCUCCUUCUCCCCAUCUUCCUCUUUCUCCCCCUCUCUCGCUCUCCUUCAUACAGCAGUUAGUGAGGAAGGACAGUCAGAACAGUUCUGUGUCCAGCCACCGGAGUACCCACACUGACUCCCCUGUGCACACGUCCCUGGCCCCCCCUCUCAGCGAGAGUACCGCCCCUCCACCCCCCUCCCAGCCUCUGCCCGGCCUGCCUCCCCAGGACCCCCAGGCAGACGGGACCAUUCACAGGAAACCGGACCCCUUCAAGAUCUGGGCCCAGUCCAGGAGCAUGUAUGAAAGUAGGGGUAAGUAUUUAUUUUUGGUGCGAGGGUGCAUGGGUGUUUGCUUGGGGGCUCCCCCUGUCCUGUUGGGUUGGUACUGCAAUCUAGGGCUGGUGACCGGAGAUAAGAUUUUUACAUUUACAUUUUAGUCAUUUAGCAGACGCUCUUAUCCAGAGCGACUUACAGUUAGUGAAUGCAUACAUUUUCAUAACCUGCAUGCAUGUAAGUCAUUUAACCUUUGAGAAGCAUCAGUCCCCUAAAGUCAACAUACUCAUUGCCCAAAACAUAUUGUCUGAAAGUUUUCUGUUCUCUUUCAGUGUUUUGACCUAAAGUGGGUGUUAACUUGGUGGGUAAGGGAUGUGAACUGUUUGCAGAGUAUUGUGGCAGUUGGGUAGAAAAAUGGUAGUGAGAGCAAUAACAACAGACUCUAAGAAGAGUUGGUGCUAACCACACUCCUGAUCUACUGAACCUUGACCAUAGAGUGUGUUUCUCUCCUAGGAACACUGAAGAGAGAAGUCUUCCUACACACUGACAAAGUCUCUCUGUCCAUGCUGCCUGCUUGGUACCUCGGCUCAAUUACACUCCCUGUAGCCACUACAUUACCACGCUACACUGCUCUUUAGAACAGCUCCAGACAAAUGUGCAUAUAAUUGGCGGUGGUGGUAGAGGACAGUGGCUCCCAUAUUUCCUGGUAAUCUGGUGAGGCUAACGGGUGCUAGCCUCCUCAAUUAACAGGAAUAUUACUCAGCCCCUGUCAGUCGCCCUCCGAGGAGUAGAGGCUUCCAGGGUCCAGAGGGUUCAACGCCUAAUCAUUUCUCUGGUGCUCCUGCUUUCAUCAAGGUCUUUCAUUAUUUAGAGGCCUUAAAGGGAAAGGAGCUGGGUUCGGUACUGCCAGAGUUGGCUCCAUGGAUGGGUGUAGAAUUCUAAAGGAACUAGGAACAAAAGGGGGGAUUGUGUAGUCAGCUCAGCUUUAUUCAGCACAGGGGGGGAGAUGGGGAGGCAGUGUAGAGAGACAGAGUUGUAUUACCAGGUGUAAAUACACUGCUCUGGAUAGAGGAUUUGCUCAGACCCUGUUAAGGCCAGGUUUGGCCAGUGUGCAGAUAUCUCUGGGCAUCAUUACUGUUGUGAUUGAUUGAUUCUGAAAUCAAAGCCUGGGAGGGUUGAGGCUGUAAAUGCACCAUUUGGCGACCACUCUGUGAGCGUUUCCCAAACCAGAGCACAGCAGAUUAGAUGAGCUGGGAAGAUUUGACCGUGCUUGAUGUCCCCCCCCCCCCCCAUCUCCUUUUCCUGAUCUUAAGUUAAUCUGCUUGUUCACCAGGGUCAGUCUGAGCUAGGGCAGAAUGACUAACCUUUGUUUAGUAUGGAUCUGUUUCUAGACAGUUGUUUUCGAUGUUGAGCUGCUGUAUUGAUCUGAUAAGCUGCCCAGUGGCUAGUUGGGGCCAACCCUUAUGAACAAGAAGAUUGAGACAGUUAGCCUGUGACCUGCCCAUCUCAGCCCUACCCAGAGUCCCAGUGGGUAGAAAGAGAGCUAGCUAGCUUAAGACUGUGAGCUCUUCUGUUGACUCUGGAACAGAUUGCAGCCAAGCUGGUCUCUUUCCCUCCUCCCCCUGCUGGCUGUUAGUGGCUUUAGCUGUUGAGGUCUGUACUGUAACAUGGGGUAUCCCUUGGGAGGCUGAACGCAUGGACACACACACAAGCACACACACACACACACACACAGACACAGACACACACACACACACAGCUCCAGGCUGUUGCUUGAACCCUGUUCCCCUGUGGUCUGCCCACCUCAAGUGUUACAUGAACCAUAAGCUGUCAGUCGCUGCAGUGCACCACUACAUAGCAACAUGGUGCCUCUGACAGCUCCAGUAUUGGGCUGGCACCCCCUUCCCUCCUGCUCAGAUCUCCUCCAGGCAGCCAGGGGUUCCUGUCUGAGCCUGAGGAGCAGCACUGCUAUGGAGAGACUGGUGAGGGUUGCUCCCAGUCCAGUUCCCUGUUACCUACCUACCUACCGAGGUUGAUGAGACAAAGUAAAGAAGGAUUUUGUCUUCAAAGACAUCUGAAAGGAUAGUAUUCAAAGAAAUCCUAAUUAUACAACUUUGAUAAAGUACUUACUUAGGGGAUUCUCUCGGCCCUUUCCUCUCUUGCUUUGAAUGGAGUUAAAAAAUUAUUUUGGGAGUAUCUUGGAAUAUAUCUAUUUUCUUUUGAUAGAACGUUAUUAGAUAUUUACACAUUCCGCAGGGUAAUGUUUUUACUCAGUAUUAUCUGGCUAUAGAGGAAGAGGCAGUGGUGUAGUGUAGAGGCUACAGUAAGAGGCUGAGAGAGGCAUGGACCACUGACCUGAUUCACAAGGAGCCGCAGGUGUGCUGUGUGCUCAUUAAGGCCAUGACAUCUUCAGCUCCCCCCCUCCAUCUCCUCCAGCCCUCUGCCUCCACUCUCCUCUGAGAGGAACAGGGGGAGGGGUUACACUGUGUGGGUUCUGAUGUAAUGAUCCAGGAUGUAGUGAUCGAUGCUGAUGGAUGGUUCUCUGGUUGCAGUGCCUGACUUUCAGGAGCAGGACAUCUUCCUGUGGAGAAAGGACACAGGCUACGGGUUCAGGAUCCUGGGAGGGAACGAGCCAGGAGAACCGGUGAGUUGGAGGAUUCAACCGCACACCAACAUCACUGCUCAGUGUAUAUAUAUAUAUCUAUCCUCUCAGGAGGUUUUAUUUUUAAUUCAGUUGAAACGAUUCAGACCCCUUAACUUUUUCCAAAUUUUGUUACGUUACAGCCUUAUUCUAAAAUGUUGUAAUAGUUGUUUUCCCUCAUACAGUGCCUUCGGAAAGUAUUCAGACCCCUUGACUUUUUCCACAUGUUACGUUACAGCCUUAUUCUAACAUUUUCUAAAUAGUUUUUUCCCCUCAUCAAUCUACACAAAAUACCCUAUAAUGACAAAGCAUAAAAUAUAUAACAUUUUGCUAAUUUAUUGAAAAUAAAAAACUGAAAUAUUACAGUUACAUAAGUAUUCAGACCCUUUACUCAGUACUUUGUUGAAGCACCUUUGGCAGCGAUUACAGCAUCGAGUCUUCUUGGGUAUGACGCUACAAGCUUGGCACACCUGUAUUUGGGGAGUUUCUUCUAUUCUUCUCUGCAGAUCCUCUCAAGCUCUGUCAGGUUGGACAGGGAGCGUUGCUGCACGGCUAUUUUCAGGUCUCUCCAGAGAUGUUCGAUUGGGUUCAAGUCUGGGCUCUGGUUGGACCACUCAAGGACAUUCAGAGACUUGUCCCGAAGCCACUCCUGCGUUGUCUUGGCUGUGUGCUUAGGGUCAUUGUCCUGUUGGAAGGUGAACCUUCGCCCUAGUCUGAGGUCCUGAGCGCUCUGGAGCAGGUUUUCAUCAAGGAUCUCUCUGUACUUUACUCCAUUCAUCUUUUAAUCUUUUAAUUUGUAAUACAUUUGCAAAACUUUCAAAAAAUAUUGUUUUUGCUUUGUCAUUAUGGGGUAUUGUGUGUAGAUUGCUGAGAUUUAUUUAUUUUGUAAUCCAUUUCAGAAUAAGGCUGUAACGUAAAAACAUUUAGAAAAAGUAAAUGGGUCUGAAUACUUUUCCGAAGGCACUGUAAGUUAUUAAUCAUGGCUUGGACACUUAUUAUGCGAGUUUUCAGUUUAUUAGCACAUACAGUACCAGUCUAAAGUUUGGACACACCUACUCAUUCCAGGGUUUUUCUUUAUUUUUACUAUUUUCUACAUUGUAGAAUAAUAGUGAAGACAUCAAAACUAUGAAAUAACACAUAUGGAAUCAUGUAGUAACCAAAAAAGUGUUAAACAAAUCAAAAUAUAUUUUAUAUUUGAGAUUCUUCAAAUAGCCACCCUUUGCCUUGAUGACAGCUUUGCACACUCUCAGCAUUCUCUCAACCAGCUUCACCUGGAAUGCUUUUCUAACAGUCUUGAAGGUGUUCCCACAUAUGCUGAGCACUUGUUGGCUGCUUUUCCUUCACUCUGCCGUCCGACUCAUCCCAAACCAUCUCAAUUGGGUUGAGGUCGGGGGAUUGUGGAGGCCAGGUCAUCUGAUGCAGCGCUCCAUCACUCUCCUUCUUGGUAAAAUAGCCCUUACACAGCCUGGAGGUGUGUUGUGUCCAGUGGCGGCUGGUGAAAAAUAUUCUCGGUGGGGCUGUGCCAUACUUUUUUUUUCCUGUAACCAUCGCGAUAUAUUUUAACACAAACUGCAGGAAAGCAGUGCUCAGUGAAACAUUCAGUAAUUAUUUAAUGCCAAUAUUAAAAAGUUGAGGCAUUCUUACACAAAAACAUAUUACACAAACCCAAGCCUUUCAUUUGCAUUUAAAGUGAACUUUUCACCAUUGGUAGUAAACAGGCAACGCAACAGGCAUGCUGUCAGAACAGAGUGGAAAGUGGACAAUAACAUGAAAUUAUUAUAAAGUUUAUAGGAAAUCUUACACUGUAUAAAAGGAUGUAUAAUAUAGAAAUGGAUAUCAAGUGGUUGAACUCAAACCUUUGACUGGAAGAAUAGCAUACAGUAUUUUAUGAUCAUACUAAAUGUGACUAAUUGUUAAUGUGCUCCAGAACUGCAACAAUUAAUUGAUACAAAACAACAUAUAUACAGUAAUAUUAGCAAAGACACUAUUAAGACUUUCUAGAGUACCAUAUAUAACUGGAUUUUUUAUGCUAAGGUCAACUAUAUACAAAGAAACAUGCGGCCAGAGCUGCUCUGUGUGUGUGUGUCUGUCAUCUUAUUUGUACAGGAAUUUUAUAUAUAUAUAUAUAUAUAUAGACAGACAGACAGACAGACAGAUAGUGUGUAUAUACACACAAACUAUGUCUAGUAACUGCUUUUAACCUGUGAUGUACAUAAUUAACUGAUGUUAUUACGUUUUAAUGCAACAUAAUUUUGGUCUGCUGUGUACUUAAAAAUAAUGUUAAUCUUCAAUAACAACUAGGCCUCUUCUAGAAAUUGACCUGGUGGACACCUGAAUAAUUAUUACAAACUGUGUAGUACUUUCCUGCAUUAUUAUCAACGUCUGAUUGUGUCUUCUCUUUCCUUUUAAAAUACUAAAACAAAUAUAAUUGUGACGGCUCUAUGAUAAUCACUCACUUUGAUGACCAGACACAUUUAGGCUUUUAAACUGUUGUAAGUGAACUAUUCAUCUUUCUAACAACAUCUUUAUCAGCCAAUAGUAAAUAUAGUUAUUUACCUGAUUGUUAGCAUGCUGUCUGUGAACCUCUGGACAAGUGCUUUAAUGAAGACAGGGUCGAUGUUCCUCUUCUGCAGCUGGCUGAAAAGCAUGUCCACAUUUGGCAUGAUCUUGUGGAACAGUGCCAGGAAAAAACAGAAAGCCUCGUCUUCGAGCAUCCUCACAAAGCCCCCCGCCUCUCUGACAGUCGGGGCAUCAAAGUUCCCAGAGUCUCUGAUGGUCUGGAAACACGUUAGUGGGUGGAAACGUCAGUCGUCUCGUCAGCUUGAAUGGCGAUAAAAUCAGCACUCUUUACUUCCUCCAGGAUGUAAUCCUUAAGCACUGACAGCAUACAUUCCAACAGCUCGUUCUGUAUCGUCUUUGACGUGCCCUUAAAAACGGUAGCUGUCUUCAGGUGCUCCUCCAGCACACUGUCGAGGGAGGCAACAAAAUCCACUAAGCCCCGGAAAAUGCCGGGGUUGUCCGAGGAGUCAGUCUCCUCGUGCCCACGCAAGGCCAACUCAAAAGCCCCACAGAACUUCACACAAUCGAUAAUUUUGGAUAGAAUGUGCCUGUUUUUAUCCACCUCCUCAUUGUGUUUCCUCACCGCAAUCCUGUGGCCGUCAUCCAGCUGCGUAGCAAUGUUCACCCUUCCUAAUACAGCUAGCUUUACAGAGUUGUCCAUGUGUGCCCUGGUGUUCUCAUGUUUCUUUACCUUCUCUGACAGGUGCUUCAUAUCCCUCACUCCGGUACCUGUCCAUGCUGAAUCUGACCCCGUCCGGCCCGUCGUUUUAAAAAGCAAGCACGGAAAGCAAAAUAAAGCAUUAGCAUCAGUGCACCCAGCUAGCCAAGCCUUCCUGGUGUACCAGCUACGGGAGAAGCCGCGCAUAUACUGCUUCCCUUUCUCGCUAGCCUGCUGUCUGAUUGAGAGGUCAGGUUGAUCUGGGCCCAGCUCUUUCACCCGAACUUUCUCUGACAAAGUUCUCCUCUCAAACGGAUCUUGGAGGAGAGAUUUCACCGAGUUAGGGUUGGGUCUUGGAGGAGUAACGUUUGCGCUCACCAUUGUCGUCUAGUAAAAAUGGCGCCACUGGAGCCCGGUCCUUAUUUUAUCAGGGGCGAGCUUGGGGCGAUAAAAUAAUCGCCCUCCUUGGAUUCGAAUUAAAAUCGCUGUUGUGUCAUUUCCUGUUGAAAAACAAAUGACUAGUUCCCACUAAGCCAAUCCAGAUAGGCAUAUCGCUGCCUGAAUGCUGUGAUGACCAUUGCUGGUUAAGUGUGCCAUUGCAACUCUAAAAUAUUAUUUCACAGACGUGUUACCAGCAAAGCACCCCCACACCAUAAGACCUCCAUCCUCCAUGCUUUACAGUGGGAAAUACACAUGCAGAGAUCAUCCGUUCACCCACACUACGUCUGACAAGGACACAGCGGUUGGAACCAAAAAUCUCCAAUUUGUACUCCAGAUCAAAGGACAAAAUUCCACCGGUCUAAUGUCCAUUGCUCGUGUUUCUUGGCCCAAGCAGGUUUCUUCUUCUUAUUGGUGUCCUUUAGUAGUGUUUUUUUUGCAGCAAUUUGACCAUGAAGGCCUGAUUCACACAGUCCCCUCUGAACAGUUGAUGUUGAGAUGUGUCUGUUACUUGAACUCUGUGAAGCAUUUCUUUGGGCUGUAAUUUCUGAGGCUGGUAACUCUAAUGAACUUAUCCUCUGCAGCAGAGGUAACUCUGGGUCUUCCUUUCCUGUGGCGGUCCUCAUGAGAUCCAGUUCCAUCAUAGCGCUUGAUGGUUUUUGCAAUUGCACUUGAAGAAACGUUCAAAGUUCUUGACAUUUUCCGUGUUGACUGACCUUCAUGUCUUAAAGUAAUGAUCGACUGUCAUUUCUCUUUGCUUAUUUGCGCUGUUCUUGCCAUAAUAUGGACUUGGUCUUUUACCAAAUAGGGCUAUUUUCUGUAUACCUCCCUACCUUGUCACAACACAACUGAUUGGCUCAAACGCAUUAAGAAGGAAAGAAAUUCCACAAAUUAACUUUUAAGAAGUCACACCUGUUAAUUGAAAUGCAUUCCAGGUGACUCCCUCAUGAAGCUGGUUGAGAGAAUGCCAAGAGUGUGCAAAGCUGUCAUCAAGGCAAAGGGUGGCUAUUUGAAGAAUCUCGAAUAUAAAAUAUUUGUUUAACACUUUUUUUGGUUACUACAUGAUUCCAUAUGUGUUAUUUCAUAGUUUUGAUGUCUUCACUAUUAUUCUACAAUGUAAAAAUAAAAACCUUGAAUGAGUAGGUGUGUCCAAACUUUUGACUGGUAGUGUACAUUUAGCAUAUUGUUAAUAUAUUUACUAUCUUUGUAUGCCAUAUUUUACCAACCAAUUGAUGGUUAUAAACGCCUCUGUUGAAGCCAGCUGAAUCAACUUCAGCAGCAGUGUUGUUCUGUGUGUGGUGGUGGUGGUCUUGGCUCCUCUGUUUUUCAUCUCCUUGCUGCAGUUUCAACCAGAGAGAAAAAUAUAUAUCAUACCAAUUUUAUUUUAUUUUAAAGAGGCCAAGUUGUUGGUUCUUGUAAGCUGGUCUUUACCGCUUUUGAGGAAGGAAAAUAAUGACACACAAGUGAUUUAGACCAGCUGUGCAGCCAAGCGGAGAAAGAGGAGGAAGACGUACUAGCCAGCUUUCUAGCUGGACCAGGAGUAGUCUGAGUUACGGUGGUGCUGCUGGAAAGUGUUCUUACCUAAGAAAAUCUUACCUAAGAGCUAGAGUGUUCUUCAACAACCGUUAAUAUCUCACCUUGAUGUUCUUUUACCGUGUACUGUUGAUUGACCAACAACCUCUCCUAUCAUCCCCCUCUUAUGUCCUCACCUUUUCUCUUAUUUUCUCUCCUUUUCUCCCCUUCCCUCCCAUCCUCUCCUCUCCCCAGAUCUACAUAGGGCACAUAGUGAAGUACGGGGCAGCGGACGAAGAUGGGCGCCUGCGUUCGGGGGAUGAGCUCAUCUGUGUGGACGGCACGGCAGUGAUGGGCAAAUCUCACCAGCUGGUGGUACAGCUGAUGCAGCAGGCCGCCAAGCAGGGCCACGUCAACCUCACCGUGCGACGCAAGACCGGCUACGGAGGUAAGGGAAUGCAGCAGCUAUUACACAUGGACACUAUGUUUUACUUAGACACGCUCUUAUCCAGAGUGACUUGCAAUGAACACCUUCAAAUAACAGCUACGUGAUAUGAGCAUCAGGAGUGGUUUGUGUGAACUUGUCUUUCAACAGCAAGAGAUGGAGAGAAAUCUGUGGUAACAAUGUUGUUUCAUUCUAUUUGAAUGAGACAACGUAAUUUGAUACUGUCUGCCAGUAAUUUUGCUAGUAAUUCUGUGUUCUGUGCACAAUGCUUAAUGAUAAUAAUCGAAUCCUACGUAGAACAUAAUACGAUAAUCUUUCUCAGAAUGAUCCCAUUUCAAGUAUAGCACCAACAGAAGAUGAGCAGCAGUCUGUCUAGUAGUACCAUCAAUAGCAGUCUGUGCAGUAGUACCAUCAACAGCAGUCUGUCCAGUAGUACCAUCAACAGCAGUAUGUGCAGUAGUACCAUCAACAGCAGUCUGUACAGGAGUGCCAUCAACAGCAGUCUGUGCAGCACUACCAUAAACAGCAGUCUGUCCAGUAGUACCAUCAGCAGCAGUCUGUGAAGUAGGACCAUCAGCAGCAGUCUGUGCAGUAGUACCAUCAACAGCAGUCUGUGCAGUAGUACCAUCAACAGAAGUCUGUGCAGUAGUACCAUCAGCAGCAGUCUGUGCAGUAGUACCAUCAACAGCAGUCUGUGCAGUAGUACCAUCAGCAGCAGUCUGUGAAGUAGUACCAUCAGCAGCAGUCUGUGCAGUAGUACCAUCAACAGCAGUAUGUGUAGUAGUACCAUCAGCAGCAUUCUGUGCAGUAGUACCAUCAGCAGCAGUCUGUGCAGUAGUACCAUCAACAGCAGUCUGUGCAGUAGUACCAUCAGCAGCAGUCUGUGCAGUAGUACCAUCAACAGCAGUAUGUGCAGUAGUACCAUCAACAGCAGUUUGUGCAGUAGUACCAUCAACAGCAGUCUGUCCAGUAGGACCAUCAGCAGCAGUCUGUGCUGUAACGUUGAGGCCAUUCACUGCUCCUGGCUCCAUUUGUCUUCAUCAGAGCAGUGAAGGGCCUGAGGACAGGGCUGAUAUUUGUAGGGUCACCCCGCUGCUCUUUAACAGUCCAUGGGUGUGUGGGAAAACGUUUGUCAGAGGCGCUCAACGCGCCCAGCCUGGCUCUGCCCUUCAGCAGGAUAAAUAAAGGUCCAUAAACGUGAUGAAGAGGUUUUUCCAACCUUCCCCCACGCCCUCCACAUGCCAGCUUGCCUACCAGCCAUUGAUGAGAGUACCCAGACAGAGGGCACAAUGGUCUGUCAGAGGGGCGAUGCUCAGUAUGAAGCACUGCUUCAAUGCCAGGAAAUAAGAUGGGAACCUUCUGUUGUGAUGCAAUCCGGAAGCAAUAUCUUUAGAUGUUUUGGGGAGGAAUAGAUCAAAGCGUGGCAGUUAGAGCAGCAUGUUCCCUGUAGACCUUCUUCCUUCUACCGGUGAGAUUAUGCCUGGCUGCAUGGGUAGAGAGGAUUGUCCAUGUUGGUAAUAGUUUGCUUCUUGUCAGUCUGACAGAGUUAAUAUAUUUUCUCUCCUCUACUUACUCAGUGUCUAAAGGGGAGGGCGAGGUGCCCCCGUCCCCAGCCUCGUCCCACCACAGCAGCACCCAGGCCCCCUCCCUGACUGAGGGGAAGCGGACCCCCCAGGGUAGCCAGAACUCCCUCAACACGGUCAGCUCUGGCAGCGGCUCCGGCAGCGGCUCCACCAGUGGCAUCGGCAGCGGGGGCGGCGGGGGCUCAGGGAGUGCUGUGGUCAACACGGCCCUGCAGCCCUACGACGUGGAGAUCCACCGCGGGGAGAACGAGGGCUUUGGAUUCGUCAUC